UCGCUAGUAGCCAGUCAGUCUGUGCUCUGCCUUGGCCAGCGGCAGACGGAACCGUGCCGCCGCGAUCCGAUCCGAUUCGAUCGCCAGGAACAGAAAAAACCACAAGAUCGCGCUCUUUUAUUCCGCGGGCAUUAAGCUGUUUAUUUCGGUUGUUAUCGCUGGUCCGUUUCGCAUCGGUGUUUAGUUUGGUUGAUUAACGAAAUUUUAUUUUAGACGGGCCGGGUAGCUCAUAAAAUCCAAACACAGCGUCCAUAAACAAAUAGCUCAGGCCAGCUAUAGAUCUCCGUUGCAUCGCUGCUGCAGCUUUAAUGGAACGUGCGUUGUUCCAUGUGCGUGUGGAUUGCCCCUUGACAUCGUCCAGAGAGCCCUAGGAGGGGAGCGAGAUCCGGACCCGGAUCCGGCGACAAAAUGAAGCGCGAGGUGUCCACUUCGACCAUCGGUCGGGAUGAGGCCCGUCGGCCGCUGAUGGAAGCCUACAUGUUCCAGCGGAGGGUUCUGCUCGGAUGUAGCAUGCUCAUGGUGGUGUCCCUGCUGAUAUGGAUAGUGGCCAUCUCUACCGAUCACUGGAUUAUCAUAUCUGGCGGAAAAGGCAUUUUUAUCCCUGAGUCGCGUCGCUUUUUUAUGUCCUCGCACUCGGGACUGUGGCGUCACUGCCGGAACACCAUUGUGCCGAAUGCUAUGAGCAACGCCCAGGUGGUGCGCAACUUUAGCUCCAUGUCGUACACCUCGCAGUCGAACAUCAACGAGGCGAAGCGGAAUCUCUCCCACAUGGACUUCAUCAAGGAGUUCGCCCAGGAGAAACUGGAUACUUCAGAAAACUUUACGGAAGCGGCGCGACGUCACAUGUUUGCCCAUUGGGCGCGAGGCGAGGAUGAGGAGUUUCAGGCGCUGCGGAAUGCCUUCCGCACUUUGGUGAUGAGCACGGAGGAGAACCAACGGCAGAUAAAUGCCACGACCAUCAAGCCCAUACCCAUUGACCCGCUGGAUGUGAAGGGUAUUAUUGCUAGGAAUACUUUCGGUUCGGCGCUGCAGCGGGUUAAGUACAACAACACCUGGUCGUACUACGUGAUCCCCGAGGUGGCACAGCUAGCCAUCUUCAGUAACUGGACGGAUUAUCCACUGGUGGUUCGUCUGCUGGGCACCUACAUCCGGGAUAUAAACAUACCUGCGUAUGUACUGAACGAUGAGCGGGUCAUCCUGAUCCUGGUGCCACCACUUCCACCAAAGAGGGGUCAGCCGGCCUCCUACACCUAUAUCCCGAAUCAGCGCUGCAAAUACAUCGACAUGUUUCCUAACUCAAAUACAAUGCGAAGCGAGCCCGGCUUCGAUGACGAACUAUUGGAUUACAUCCGGACGCAGGCAUCCUUUGCCUGCAUAACUCUGUUCGUGAUGUGCCUGGGUGCCGUGUUCUCCUUCUACACGUUCAUGAAUCCGCGCUACAUGUUCAAGCGGCUAGCGGGUGGCAUUCACCUGGUAGCCGCCUCCACGGCGCUGGUGGUUUUACAGGUACUCUUCGCCUCGAAUGAAUACACCAGAGACCAUCUGUUUUACGCUUACCCCGAUGGGGCUGAGCAAACCUUUGGUUAUGGCGUAUAUUUGGCCUGGUUCACUUUCGCGGUUAAUAUCCUCUGCGGUGUUAUGUUCCUGUGGUACUCUGGCAAAAAGAAGGGCGCCAAAGCGGCCAGUGACGAGCUGGCAAUGGCUGAUGAACCCACCAUCAUGGGCAGAUAGCUCCUGAGGGCCAUCACGCCGGGACUCCUUUCAACCGAAUGGAAAGCCCUUCUGCAACCAAAGACCAAAGCAAUUGGCAACAUUGCCGCCUUUGCUUUUUAUUUCACUUUUGUUAUUUGUUGUUUUCAUAAUGGCUGUAUUUAAAAUGUUCGCUUUAUACUAUAAGAAUCUCAAGGCAAUAAAGGAAUUGUUUUCAGUCA